AUGUUAGUACCUCAGAAUUCCAUACUGUUAUGGAAGGAUCCUGUUGAUCCGCGCACUAAUGAAAGAUCGAACUUCCUAUCUUUAUUGUUCGAUUAUCACUACAAUGAGAAUUCAUUAUUAGUUGCGUUGAGGCGACCGCUUUCAGAACCGUUUUGCGAAACUGCCAAGAAGAUCGAAUUCAAAAUCCAAAAGAUGACAUCACCUCCGAAGAGCAAGAAGGCACUCGAAAAUGUUCUAGAAUCGAAGUCUUCUACAGAAACAUCUGGAGCUGCGAUUUCAGUAGAAGCUCCAAAUUCCGCAAGUGGAAUUGAGUCAAUGACUCUCGAAGAAGUCAUGGAUACGGAACAACAACUAAUCGUUGGUGGUAUUCCGUACACUGUUAUUCGUGAGCCAAUUGAUAUAGCGUCGCUGUCAUGUGCAAUAAAACCGCUGGCAGGGUGCCCCAUUUAUCCAGCUGUUGACUUCAGACAAGGAUCUCCUGCGGUGAAGCCGACUAUGCAUUGGUAUGUCUACACACCUCAGCCUAGCGGUGACAGCAAACCUACGGAAGUUGCUAAUCGCGAAACAAUAUCAUUGAUCGAAGGAUCGUCGCGCAGAUUCUCCGUAACAAACUGUGAAUAUCGGUGGACGGGUGAGUGCUAUGUGCCAUCGGCUGUCGAUUCGGGAAAGCUGUUACUUCUGGUUGCUGAUCUGGGUCCGGAAGCCAUUGUCAAGUUAAUUCGCGUGGGGGUGUCUAACAUUCUAGCUGAUCUAUAUUUGGAUUUGUCUGGACCGGAGGAGUCACUGUUUUUCCCCUAUUGUCCGAAAACCUAUCAGAUGUACGAGUACAGAUAUCCACUGCUACUCAAGGAGUUGUCAAAAAGUGGCCAUGCAACGAAAAUUGGGCAAAUGCGUUAUCUCAGCGCCCUUUUCGAAUCGAUGGAUUUGGAGAUGUGCUUUGUCAAAAAGCAAAAAGAAGUGAAUGAAGGCUCGGUAAUAGCUUUCCGUCGUGAAAGAUUCGAGUUAUUAUCCUCUGAAUGCUACUGGUUGGCCUCUCUUUUACAAAAUGAUUACUGUGAUGAUGUAAAAAGUGUUCUCAGUACAAGCAAUGCUUCGCUAGAGAUCUUCACCACUCGACCGACUACUAUUCAAGCUCUCCAAGCGAUUGUGGCUGUACGCCAGCUCAGCAGGACUUGCCAAGAUUAUGCAGCUCAGUUUCCGAAUGAUGCAAUUCGAUUACUGUUCGCAGGUGAUUUCAAUAGUACCCCGGAUGGCCCGGUGUACGAACUUCUUAGCACAGGAGCUUUAUCAAAAAGUUCGAGCUGCUGGAAGUUGGAUGAAGAUAUAAUGGCUGAUGAUCUGGUGCUCCUUCCAUCCGGUAAUGGCUUGGUGAAUCAGACUGGAACAGGGCUGACAAAUUAUACACGGUUCAAGAGCGAUGAUGGAGAGGAGCGAGGAUUUGCUGGAUGUCUGGACUACAUUUGGACCGAUAGAACGGUGAAGUUGCACCGAAUGGCGCCAAGGCCUUCUCUUGAACUGCUCACCAAGUACGGAGCAAUUCCGUCAAAGAUUGCACCAAGUGAUCAUGUGCCACUUAUAUGUGAAUUAGAUUUUGAAAAAUGA